UCACCCCACUACCCCCAUUUUUUUCUCCCCACGCUCCUCUUUCUAUCACCCUUUUCCACAUUGUAAAGAAACAAUUUUUUUUUUCUCUUUUAUUGCAAGAGAAAAAUCUUCUUUUUAUUUUAUUUUAAUCAAAAUCUGAUUUAAGAGGUCGAUAUUUUCAUUGCCACAUCAAUUGGGUAUCUCUGAUUCAAGGUUUUUUGGCUACAUUAUUUAUUUAGGCAGCUAAUUGUUUCUGGGUAUGCAGAUUAAUGAUUAAUGGUGCCUGCAUUUCUUGAUAUAUGCACAAACGCCGGAACAUUUGGCAAGAUUUUGGAAUAAUUGUUGUUUGGCAAGUACUUGAUUGCUGGACCCUUUGGGUGAGUCGUAACACAGUCAGACCUCUCUAUAACUACCAUCCUCUAUCACAACCAAGUUUUUUGGAACUGAUUUUCAUGCUAUGUUAUAUUAUAUGUUAUGUAUAACAACAUUUCACUAUAGUGGCCAUAAAAUAUUGGAACAAACGACACCGUUAUAGAGAGGUUUAACUGCAACAAUAACAUGCAACGGUAUGGUGACAACUACAUGGAAAAAGUUUGUGUACCCUUGUUGGAAGCCAUCAUUAGAUAAUGAAAGUGAAAAUAGCAGCAGUAGAGGAGGAGACCCAGGCGGCUGUGUUGAUGGAUUGUGGUGGUACAAAGAUUCGGGGCACCAUGUUAAUGGGGAGUUCUCGAUGGCUGUAAUUCAAGCGAAUAAUAUAUUGGAGGAUCAGAGCCAGCUUGAAUCGGGGUCAAUGAGUUUGGUUGAAACAGGUCCUCAGGGCACCUUUGUGGGAAUAUAUGAUGGCCAUGCAGGUGCGGAAGCUGCCCGGUUUAUAAAUGGCCGCCUUUUUGAGAACGUCAAGAAAUUCACCUCAGAGGAUCAAGUAAUGUCAGCCGAUGUUAUAAGCAAGGCAUAUUUGGCAACAGAAGAGGAGUUUCUCUCUCUAGUGAGAAAGCAAUGGCAAACUAGACCCCAAAUUGCUUCAGUUGGAUCAUGCUGCUUAGUGGGUAUUAUAUGCAGUGGGAUAUUAUACAUCGCAAACGCUGGAGAUUCUCGUGCGGUGUUAGGAAAACGGGAGAGGGCUCUCAAAGAGGUCAAAGCAGUUCAAUUAUCUUCUGAACACAACGCGAGUUUGGAAUCCGUCCGUGAAGAACUGCAUUCUCUGCAUCCUGAUGAUCCACAUGUAGUAGUUUUAAAGCACAAGGUUUGGCGCGUGAAGGGAAUUAUACAGGUUUCAAGAUCAAUCGGUGAUGCAUAUUUGAAGAGAGCGGAGUUUAACAGAGAGCCUUUGCUCCCUAAGUUUCGAUUUCCUGGAACCUUCCAGAAGCCUAUUCUCCUUGCCGAGCCAUCAAUAUUUGUACAGAAACUCCUUCCAGAAGACCAGUUUCUCAUAUUUGCGUCAGACGGCUUAUGGGAGCAUCUAAGCAACCAAGAGGCUGUGGACAUUGUCAGCAGUUGUGAACACCAUGGCAUUGCUAGAAAACUUGUAAAAGCUGCUCUUCAGGAAGCAGCAAAGAAACGAGAAAUGAGAUACGCGGACCUGAAAAGGAUAGAUAGAGGAGUGAGGCGGCAUUUUCAUGACGAUAUUACGGUCAUAGUUUUGUUUCUUGAUUCUCAUUUGAUUAGUCGAAGCUGCUUCCGUGCGCCAGUGGUUUCGAUAAAAGGAGGCGGAGGAAGUCACCGAGAUGCCAAUACCUAGAAUAAGUCACCUAUAACCUACCUACGUUUAAUCCCUCGAGUUUAUUAAUGAAAAGUUUUCUUAAAACAGAAAGUGAAACAGAGAAAAAGAAAAAAAUAUGUAUAAAUGGUAAGUUGAUGAUUAUGCCAUGAACAUUACUUGGGGCAAAUUCUGUCGAAAAUUUCCAUAUAUUGGCAUAUGAAACUUUGAAAGUUAAUGGCAAAACUGAAAGCUGAUUUAGUUUCUGAAGUGA